AUUCCAUUUCUCCUCUGCUUCUCCCCUCCCACAUUUUGUUUGGCUUGCACUAGCUUCUCUUUUCCUUCCCUCUGCUCCCCCGCCACCAACCCACCCACCCACUCAUCUGCCUACCUCACUCUGUCCCAGGCCCCCUUCCUGGAUUGUCCAACAGCAAGCAAUCAACCGCUGCCAUUCACCCCGUGCAUCCUGUGAGAGAGAGAAUAAUUCGUCGGUGGAAGUCAAAGGCCGAACCGUUGUCUCGUGCCUUUCUUUGUUUGCCGAAAGUCGAUCUUGUCCUGCAGGUACUAUAUCAUACUAUACUCGUGCAAACCUUGUCGGGUGGUUUUGGCAUCACCCUGCCCACAACCCUCCCCAAUAAAGCCGACACUGAUAGGGGAACAGGUACCACUCGGAGCCCCCGCUGGGCGACCCAUCCGGCUCCAUCUCCACCAAUUUCAUCCGCUCAUUCAGCAGCAAGCAGCAGCAGGAACAGGAUCAGUUAACUUGUGGUUGAUAAAUCUUUAUUCUCUCUCCCUUUUCUUUCAUUCGUGAUUGGUUAUUAUCCAUUUUUCCUGUUUCAUCCAACAGAGGCAGAAUAUUCCCGCGCUCGCGUUUUCAAUUUCCCUUCUGCCCGCGCCCGUUCGCUGCCGGUGCGAUCGGUCAAUCAGGGUCCCAUUGUUGUCUUUUCAGGUCGCAUUUCCUCCUUUUCCCCCGCGGUCUUUCUUCGCGACAACCAACCAUUUUUCACCCAUAACUAGGAGAAAGGCAAAAUCGUCCCUCCCCCAUCUUGUUCGUUAAGCUGCAGCGCAGGCUAUUCUCCACAUGUCCGUCACGACAAUGCUCGCCCCUUCGGCGAGAAACUCGACCUCGUCAACAUCGUCUAGCUUCGUGCCUGUCACUCGACAGAAUACUGUUGGGUCGGAUGGCGCACCCAGGUCGGUAAGAGCCUCGAAGAGGUACUCCGUCACGGCGUUGUACCUCUCGAUGUCGGCGCAGGAUAAGGAUAUGGAGAUUGAGGAUGAGCUCGCGAGAGGUUGGCUUUCCCCUUGCCCUAUUCUGUCGCCCCCCUUCUUCGGCUGUGGACUGACCUUUUUUUUUUUGAACCUUUCUUCCUCCAGUGCAAAAAACACUUCGCGACUUGAAGUCGAGGAUUUCUUCGCAAUCAAAGAAGAAUUUCGUGCUGGAGAAGGAUGUGCGGUAUCUGGAUUCACGGAUAGCUUUGUUAAUUCAGAAUAGGAUGGCUUUGGAGGAGGUUCGUUUAGCUGCUAUCCCCUUUUAUCUUCACCGUGAAAUAUGUUGACCGUGCAAAUGUAGCAAAAUGAAGUUGCAAGCCAUUUCGAUGAGUCGUCCGAGCUGCAGGAGGGCACUUUCCCUGAUGAUCGGAAAACUCAACAAUAUGGAAACUUGUUCUUCCUACUUCAGUCUGAGCCUCGCCAUAUCGCGGCUCUUUGCCGCCUUGUUAGCAUGGCUGAAAUCGACUCCCUUCUUCAGACCGUUAUGUUUACUAUUUAUGGGAAUCAGUAUGAGAGCAGAGAAGAACAUUUGCUACUCACCAUGUUCCAGGUUGGUUUAUAUUAUGCUCCUGCGGGGAAUUAUUUGGGCUAGUGUUAUGCUAAUAUUUAAUUUACAGUCUGUGCUGUCGGCCCAAUUCGAUACCACUCCGGAAUAUUCAUCCCUCCUCCGUGCGAACACACCUGUCUCUCGAAUGAUGACAACAUACACCCGCCGUGGACCCGGACAGAGCUAUUUAAAGGUGGUGUUGGCGAAGCAGAUAAAUAAUCUAAUCGAAUUGAAGGACCUCAAUCUCGAAAUCAACCCCUUAAAGGUCUACGAGCGGAUGGUUAAGAAUGUAGAGGAGGAUACCGGCACUCUCCCAGCCAACAUGCCGAGAAGUGUUUCUGCGGAGGAAGCUGCUGAGAACCCCCAAGUCCAGGCAAUUAUCGAACCUCGCUUGACCAUGUUGAUGGAGCUCGCGAAUACCUUUUUGUCGACUAUUAUUGACAACAUCAACGAGACGCCAUACGGGAUUCGGUGGAUUUGCAAGCAGAUUCGAAGUCUGACCAAGAGGAAAUAUCCCGACGCGAAGGACAAUGUUAUUUGCACACUCAUCGGGGGUUUCUUCUUUCUAAGGUUCCUCAACCCAGCAAUCGUUACCCCGCGUUCAUACAUGCUUAUCGACAAUAUUCCCUCCGAGCACCCGAGGCGUACUCUUACCCUCAUUGCGAAGAUGUUGCAGAACUUGGCCAAUAAGCCAUCCUACUCCAAGGAGCCAUACAUGGCUAAGCUAUCACCUUUCGUAACGAACAAUAAGAACAGAAUUAGCAAAUUUUUGAACGAACUAUGCGAGGUUGGUGACUUUUACGAGUCUUUGGAGAUGGACAAUUAUGUUGCUCUGUCGAAGAAGGACCUGGAGCUCAACAUCACGCUGAAUGAGGUCUAUGCCACUCACAAUUUGUUGGAAAAGCAUGCAAAGGAGCUGGUAAGCGUACAUUUCACAGGGGGUUGGUGGUAUAUACAUAAUAAGAGCUAAUUCCUUCAGCUCCAGGGGAGGGAUACGGAACAUCUUACAAUUCUCCUUCAGGAGCUAGGGCCUGCCCCUCCGCAGGUCCCCAGAAAGGAGAAUAGGGCCAUUAUCCUGCCUUUGUUCAGUCGUUGGGAGAGUGCUCUUGAUGGUAUGUCUCGAUGGUUUCAGGGUUUCUACCGGCAGUUAUGCUGACUUGGAGUUUUUUUUUCCCCCUUGAAUUAGAUCUAUCAGCAGCUUUAGAUAUCACUCAGGAAGAUGUUUAUUUCAUGGAGGCCAAGUCAAUCUUCGUCCAAUUGUUACGAACCCUUCCUCCAAUAUCUGCGGCCGUGCGUAGGCCACUCAAUCUUCAGAAGAUCGCGGACGUUGCGGCCACAACUAAGGAUAUUGGAACAUUCCGCAAGGGAAUGAGAGGCAUAGAAUUGCUGAACCAAUUGAAGGAGUUGGGUGUUAUCAGUGAGGCGGAUGGGUACCAGAUUCUCCGGGAGGAAGUGGAGCAGGAACUAGUCCAUCUCGGGUCCCUGAAGGAGAAGGUUACCGAGGAAUCGCUGAAGCUCGAUGAGGUCUACAAGACCAUCCGUGAUCACAACGCCUACUUGGUCUCUCAAUUGGAGACCUACAAGUCAUAUCUGCACAACGUCCGCAGCCAGUCCGAAGGGAAACAGCGUGGGAAGCAGCAGAAGCAGCAUGUUCUUGGCCCAUAUAAGUUUACGCAUCAGCAACUUGAGAAGGAAGGUGUUAUUCAGAAGAGCAAUGUUCCAGAUAACAGGUGAGCCCUGGAGACUCCCCCCCCCCCCAAUAGAGUAGAACGUUUGACUAAGUUCAUGUGUUUCCUAUAGACGUGCGAAUAUCUUCUUCACUAUCACUUCUCCUACCCCGGGAACCUUUGUUAUCUCGUUACAUUACAAAGGUUUGCGCCCCGAUUCUCACCGUUGACAACCCCUCCCUGGAAAACAUGUGAGCUUACCAUGCACUCUCUAUUAGGGCGAAAUCGGGGACUCCUGGAGCUCGACCUCAAAUUGGAUGAUCUGCUCGAGAUGCAGCAGAACAAUCACGACGAAUUGGACCUGGAAUACGUACAAUUUAAUGUCCCGAAGGUGCUGGCCUUACUUAAUAAACGAUUCGCUAGGAAGAAGUGGUAAUGUGUAUCUUGCGGUAGACGCCAUAUAGGAUUGGUACGAUAUUAUGGGCAGAGAUGGCUUGAUUUCCUUGUUCCGCUUUUUCUUAUUUUUUUCUUUCCAUUUUUCUUUCGCCUUAGUUACCUGGGGAGUACUUCGGUUGGGGGUGGUUAGGGAUCUUCAAUGGAUUUUCGGGGUGCGGUAUACGGAGAAACUGCCAAUUAAUGGGGCGGGUGGGGUUUUUGGAAAUUGCGUUUUCUGCUGUAUUUUUUUUAUUUCUAUCCCGGCAUCUCGUUGUUUCCCUUUUUCUCAUCUAUGCUGCUUCUAACUGUAUUUUUUUCGCUUCUCAUCCUAUACCCCUUUACUUCAAGAAUUGUUUGCACUAAUCUGCGUCCUUCAAACAUUCGCUCACGGCAUCGAGCUCUCUAUGCUCACUUUGUCCAACGAUGGCAGGGCCGAAAUUGGAGGGUUUAACUCGGGGGUUCUUUCCUUUCAUCCGAUCUUCCCUUUAAUCUCGAACGAUUCCAUCCUGAGAAGCUUGUGUUUUCCCUUCCCCCCUCCAUUCCCUCAACCCCCUGAGCCCGGCUCUUUAUUCCCUCGCUCAUACAUGAUACGAUAAUCUUCGCGUUUCCGUUUGUCUGAUUACUGGGGUCAGGAGGCUUUUGAUAUUCUCUUUUUCGAUUCUCUCAAUCCCAUUGGCGCAAAGAGGGUUUUCAAACACAAUGGAAGGGUGAUACAGUUGUGCACUUUUCCUUCUUUUCCUUCUUUUUUUUUUUUUUUCCUUGUUCCCGGUCACAGCUCUAAGAUAGUAUUUCUCUAUUCUGUGUCUGUGUUCAAUACCGGUACCGCGGUCUCAAUGUUUAGCUUUUAGGUCAGUGUUUUGUUUUGCUUUGCUGUGCUGUGCUUCCGGUUGCAUGUCUGGUGGGUUGGGUAUGGUAAGGUAUGGUAUGGUGUUUACGGGGGAUGGGUUUGAUGGGAUGGGAUGCGAGUUGGCGGGGGUGAGGAGGAUGGAUGGGCGAAUCAGGAGAAUUUGUGAGGAUCUGUUCGCGGGUAAUUAUAUAGCUAAAGAUCAUAUCCCUUGG